AUGAGCGAGGAUCUGAGCGCUCUGUUGGCGGGCCAACACGACAUUCAAGGCCGCAUCUCCCGCUCGGUGGAGAACAUGAAAAAGAUGGGCAUGGCAAACAUAAACCUCAGCGCAGUAGAGACCCGCAUCCACAUCCUUGACCAACUUUGGGAGAAGUUCGAGGCACAGCACGAGCAGCUGCGAAACGCGUAUAAAGACAAGUACAACGACAGUGAGUACGUGAAAUCUGACCUUUUCGAUAUUACGGAAAACACUUACGUGCAGCAAAGAAGCGUAUUCGCGGAAUACGCUAACUCCUUCCGCCUCGCGCCAAGUAAGCUCCCGCAGUCGAGCGACCAGAGUGAUCGCGCGCCGAAGACAUCACUUCCGCGUCUCCAACUCAAAAAAUUUUUGGGCGCGUACGAAGACUGGCCGCCGUUUCGCGAUCUCUUCCUCUCAGUGAUCGGAGACGCGGCCAUUUCCAACGUCGAGCGCUUCCACUACCUGCGAUCGUGCCUGCAAGGUCCUGCUGAAACAUUAAUUCGCCCGUUAUUCGUGACCGGUGAAAACUACGACCGCGCGUGGGCUAUCUUGAGCAAACACUACAAAAAUAAAAAAGAAUUGAUACGCUCCAAUUUCGCCGCGUUUACCGCCGUGGCAAAAAUGAAGGGAGAUACCGCCGAUGAACUGAGUCGUAUCCAUCACGCCGUAACGACUGCCGUGAACGCGCAAGAGAGUAUCGGUCGACCCAUCCUCUCCCACGGGAUGGACUUGUUCAACUUCCUCGUUGUCGAGAUGUUUGACCCGCGAACGCGCCUCGAAUGGGAGUCGUACAACAGCAAUUCCCUUGAGCCACCAGAGCACGAGACUCUCACUGACUUCAUCUCCAAGAGAAUUCUCACGCUGAAAGCCGCGAAACCGAAAUCGAACCAGGUUUCGGGAGAUUCGACUCAAUCCGCGAAAUCACACUUCGCGAAACAGGACAACGCUCAAUGCGCGAUGUGCAAAGGGAAACACGCCCUGAUGCUUUGCCCCGAGUUCAAGGCCAAAUCCGCGAACGAGCGAAAGUCCUUCGUCGACACCAACCGGCUGUGUUAUAACUGUCUCGGAAACCACCUGAUCGCGAAAUGUCAGUCAACUCAAACCUGCUUGACGUGCAAAGCGCGACAUCACUCCACGCUCCACGAAGCCUAUACGCAAACGAAACCCCCGGAGGCCAGUGUGCUCUCCGCUGUGCAACACGCGGACUCUGGCAAGGCGACUCUUCUCGCGACCGCGCGAGUAAUCGUCGCCGACCGCUAUGGCGAUCCACGCCCCGCGCGAGCACUUAUCGAUCAAGGCUCCGAAGUCUCCAUAAUUUCGGAAGCCCUGGUGCAACGCUUGCUCAUUUCGCGAGUACGCUCUUCCUUGUCGAUACUCGGCGUCGGAGGCUCAAAACCCGGCGCCACCAAGGGGAAGGUCAAACUUGACCUCACUUCCGCCGCGACAGGAGCCCGACUUAACGUCGAGGCAUUCAUUCUGCCCCGCCUCUCUCUAUAUCGAGGACCAAGCACGAAGAGGACGUUCCAGUGGUCGCACUUCGCGGGACUGCAGCUCGCGGACCCCCAAUUUCUCGCAAACGAUCCAGUCGAACUUCUCCUGGGAGCCGAGGUGUGCGCGAUCAUCUUCGAGGAUGGCCUGCGCAAGAACGGACCGUCAGCUCCUAUCGCGCAAAAAACAAGCCUGGGUUGGAUUUUAUCGGGUGGACGCGACGCGUCGUCUCCCGAGGAUUCUCGCUGCUCUCUACUCUGCACGAUCGACCACGACUUGGUCGACCUGGUGCGCCGCUUUUGGGAACAGGAAAAGGAACCUUCCUCUCCCGCCGCUCUCACUCCUGACGAGGAGCGUUGUGAAGACCUGUUCGUGCGCACCCACACGCGCACGGCUACAGGCCGAUACGUCGUCAGGUUGCCUUUCGUCAAAACUCCACCGUCGCUUGCCGAGACUCGCAAACCUGCGGAGCGACUGCUGAACGCAAUGGAGCGCAAGGGCGCCCGUGACUCCCGAUUCGAGGAGCUCUAUCGCAGUUUCAUACAGGAAUACGAAGACCUGCAACAUAUGGAACCGGUCAACCCCUCAGAAAACAACGAACCAAAUACGUGCUACUUACCGCAUCACGGUGUAUUCCGAGAAUCCAGCUCCACUACGAAGCUCCGAGUAGUGUUCAACGGAUCCCAACGCACGGGGUCCGGUGACUCGUUAAAUGACCACUUGCUGGCCGGACCAAACCUCCUGCCGAAUUUGGCGGACGUGCUGCUGCGCUGGCGCCGGCACCGAUUCGUCUUGAUCU